UUUGAGCCCAUAAAACUUUACAAGUCACCAUUCAUUUCUAUACUAAAACCCUAAACCCUUGCAAAAAGAAUUUGGUCCCAAAUAAAAUCUACAGAAAUACACAAUCAGUUCAAACCAUCAUUAAAAAUGGCAUUCUUUAGUCGCAUUUUCAGUGGAUCUUCAAUGAUUAUUCAAUCACAAUUUAAUUCAAUACGAUUGAAUUCAACUCUCACAAGUCCAAAGCUUUUUGUCAGUGGGCUUUCAAGAUACACUAGUGAUGAAAACCUCAAAAAAGCAUUUGAACCAUUUGGAAGUCUUACUGAGGCAAAAGUAAUUACUGACAGAGCAACUGGGAGAUCAAAGGGGUUCGGAUUUGUUUCUUAUGAAACAAUAGAAGAUGCAGAUAAAGCUCGCGAAGGAAUGAAUGCUAAGUUCUUGGAUGGCUGGGUAAUUUUUGUUGACCCUGCGAAGCCAAGUAUGCCUAGACCUCCACCGCCACCUCCACAAGAUCCAAUGAACUUUGGGAUUACAACAAAUAAGACCGUUGGUUGGACUGGCCGAUGAUGAUCAGGGACUCGUGUAUCUUAGUGAAAUAUUUGAUUGCAAAUUGCAAUAUCACGUAGACUGGCCAAUGACCAGAGACUCGAGUGAAAUAUUCGAAUUGCAGUAUAGCAUUUUUAUUGAAGGAUAUUUUGUACUGUACUUAAAUAUAGUUGUUCACGUUUAAGGAUAUAUCCAAGUAUUUAAGGAUUCUGGAUCGUUUGACUCUUUAGCAGGGCUUUUGCACUGUAAGAAUCACUUAAUUGUUCAAUAACUAUUUUUUCCCUAAUAAUUUUGUUGUCAUAGA